AUGGCUGGGAAAAGCAAUCUUUGCGGAAAUAUGUCCAAGAUGAGCAUUUCAAACGACAAAGAGAGUAAAUCGGGACAUGGAGGAUUGGCUAAUAAGCUUCCUCCAGGAACGCUCGGAAACCAGACGACGUGCUCAACAAAUGUGAAAAAGCUCGAAAUUGUGCGAAACACCCCUAUAUACAAAUACGACAUAAAAAUUUGUAUUAUUUUUGAAUCACAAAAUGGCGACGUUGAGAAAGAAAUUUCCAAGGAGUCGCUUAUUAAUGUGGAAAACUUUCGUUCGAAAAAGUAUUGCGACAGGGCCUACCAAUAUGUCAUCAAAAACAAUAAGAAUGUCUUUGGAAACCAGUCGACAUUUUUUUAUGACAGACAGUCUUCGAUCUAUACAUUGAAAGAGUUGAAAAACACUGAGUACAAUUUCACUGUACCGCCAAAAGAAGUCACCCGAGAUAACGCUAAAGCGAUUACGGUCCAAAUACGUAAGGUCGCGGACACGUUUCAAGCAACGUCCGAAGACAUUAAAAAAACACACAACACCGUUCAUCGUUUGGAAGACAAGACCUUGUUAGAAGCGCUUAAUACCAUAAUCGCACAAACACCACGAGAUAAUAAAAACGUCAUCACCGUUAACGGUUCAACGCAUUAUCUUGUUGAUGCGAAUAUUCCAGGCCUCAAACCGUCGAAUAAUUCGUAUAAUACCAAGUUUAUGGGAAGUGGAUUGACAGAUGCUGUGAAAGUCCUUGAAGGCGCUGAUCCGAAAAACCCGGAAUUGUUUUUGGUUACGGAACUUAAAAAAACACUCUUCCAUCAAGAAUAUCAGAACUUGGCUGAUAAACUUUAUGAGCUCGAUAACAGAGUCGAACUGUACAAACCAAACUCACGCGAAGCAAACAAUCUGUUACCGCAGGUCAAAGGAUUGGUGUGCUAUCUGCAGAAUUCACAAACGGCACCCCUUCAAACAGAUGCACCGCUCGUUGUUGUGAAGGGAUUCGGACCAGCUGCAAAUUCAAAGGAGUCCGAAUUUGAAACAACGGAUUUCGGCAAAGUGACCGUGAAGGAAUACUUCUUGAAAAAACACAAAAUGGAACUCAAUUAUCCCGGAAUGAUGACUAUCAAAGGAGAAAUCCGAAAUAAAAGAUGCCUUUUCCCGGCCGAGGUCUUAGUAGUAUGUGAAGAUCAGAUUGUGCGCACUGAGCAGCUGCCAUCAAACGAGCAAUCUUCCGCAAUAAGAGAAACCGCGAUCCCUCCAUUUUACCGCAAAAAAGAAACGCAAGCCGUUGUCGAAGCAAUCGGCUUAGAGCCUCCGCCAAAUAAAGUUAUCGCUGACGUUCUCAAAAUAAAGAAAGGCUUCGUGAAUGUUCCUGCGCGUGUGAUGCCAUCGCCACUAGUGAGAUUUUCGAAAAACGCCGCCGAAGUCCGUAAUGCAAAAUGGCGAGGUGGUGAAUUUGUCCAACCGGCGAAGAUCCAAAAUUGGGAAAUGGUUUUUAUUGAGCCGAGCAAUCGAUUUAACUCGAAAGUCUUCUUGGGUAAUCUUCUCAAGACAAUGAAAUCAUCUGGAAUCAAGUGCAACGAGCCAAACACCGAAACUAUAUCAAAAUAUUCACAACGAAAUCUUGAGAAUGUAUUCAUCAAGGCCAAAAAUAAUGGUGUCUCUUUUAUCUUCUUCGUAACAAGGGAUUCUCUCACUUCGCAUGGCGAUAUUAAAUUGUUGGAAAAGAAGUAUGAGAUCGUUACCCAGGAUAAUCGAUUGUCGGUCGCUGAAAACGCGAAAUCAGCCACUCUCGAAAAUAUUGUGAACAAAAUCAACAUCAAGAAUGGUGGUCUCAAUUAUAUCGUCACGGCUGGAUUGGAAUUAAAUAAGCCGGAAUGUUCGAUUGUCGGAUUUGAUAUCUCACUGAAUCGUGCCGCAGACGCACCACCGGUCAUUGGUUUCGCUGCCAACGUUCUUGAACAGACAAAUAAGUUUGCAGGAGGUUACAAAUUCAUUCAGAAUUCUAAACCUGAAGUGGUUGGACCUGUUCUUCAAGAAGUUAUGACGGAAGUCAUUAAAAGGACCAAAAAAAAUCGAAAAGUUCCAAACGAGUUUAUCGUUUAUUUCAAUGGAAUUAACGAAGGACAAUUCCCAGUGAUCAAUGAGAAUUACGUUCCUUAUAUAAAGGAAGCAUUUAAAAACUUCGAGUCCGAAAUGGGCAAGAAGCCCCUGUUAACUGUAAUCGCCGCAAGUAAAACUCACAAUGAGCGUCUUUACAAGCCGGAUGCCAAUCCAAAAGACAACGCGACAUUCCAAAAUGCCGCAGUUGGAACUGUCGUGGACAAAGUUCUUGUUAAUCCAUCGAUUAACGAAUUCUUUUUGCUUUCUCAUGCAGCUUUCCAGGGAACUGCCAAAGCAACGAAAUAUACUCUCUUACACGACACGGCAAAAAAGACUAUGAAUGACUUGGAGGUGUUGACCUUCCAACUUUGUCAUCUUCAUGAAAUCGUAAAUAGCAGCACGUCGUUGCCAAUUCCAUUGUUGUGCGCUGAUCGCAACACAAAGAGAUCAGAAUUGAUCUAUAAAAAUUCCGAACUAAGGGACCAAAAAGACCUUCACAAGAAGGAUAUGGAGCGUUUUGUUGCAGAAUGUAACGAGAAAUUAUCUUAUGAAGGCACAAACUUGUACUUCACUCGCUACAAUGCUUAA